AUGGACGCCAGGUCUUCGCAGCAGAAUUGGAAGCGAAGGAGGUCCAACCAAAAAAGAAAAGAGCGAGACAAGCGGGAAAAGCAGCCCGUCGAGCUCGGCGCCAAGCGCAUGGAACGGCGAGAAAAGCUGAGCAUUGAGAAGAGCCGCAGCAGGAGCGCCACAAAGCGAGACAAGCUGAAAUGA